UUCAUAUUUCCACCAUUUUUACCCUCCUUCACUUGUUUGAAUCUUGGUGGUUUUGUUUUGCUUGGUUAAGGUUUUGCGGGUUCACAGAAUCUUCUCAAUAGGGUUGGAAACAAAAACAGUAUGGGUGAGAUAUCUUGCUCCACUGAACCAAUCAAUGGAGUGCUGAGUCGCUCAUCUUCAUCCCCACCACCUAGUGGCUACAGGAAGAGCUGUUGGUACGAGGAAGAGAUCGAGGAGAACUUGCGCUGGUGCUUCGCUCUCAACAGUAUUUUGCAUACAGGGUCGACCCAGUACCAGGAGAUUGCCCUGUUCGACACAAAACCCUUCGGCAAGGCGCUAGUAAUUGAUGGGAAGCUUCAGAGUGCAGAGGUGGAUGAGUUUAUUUACCAUGAAUGCCUUGUCCACCCACCCCUCCUUAAUCACCCCAAUCCAAAGACAGUGUUCAUUAUGGGAGGAGGUGAGGGCUCGACAGCCAGAGAGAUCCUUAAACACACAACAGUGGACAAGGUUGUAAUGUGCGACAUUGACGAGGAAGUGGUAGAGUUCUGCAAGGAGUACUUGGUUGUGAACACUGUAGCUUUUAAUGAUCCCAGGCUUGAUGUCAUAAUCAAUGAUGCCAGGGCCGAGCUAGAGAAGAGAAAAGAAGAGAAGUUUGAUGUGAUAGUUGGGGAUUUGGCCGACCCAAUUGAAGGAGGCCCAUGCUACAAACUCUACACCAAGUCCUUCUACGAGUCCACUGUGAAGCCCAGGCUGCGUCAGGGGGGCAUUUUCGUCACUCAGGCUGGACCGGCUGGGAUUUUCAGCCACGCUGAAGUUUAUGCCUGCAUCUACAACACUCUGAGGCAGGUGUUCAAAUAUGUUGUGCCUUAUGCUGCUCACAUUCCUUCCUAUGCUGACACUUGGGGAUGGGUCAUGGCUUCAGAUAGUCCAUUGGAGCUAAGUUGUGAAGAGAUGGACCUGAGAAUCAAGCAGAGAGUGGAAGGGGAGAAUAAGUAUCUAGAUGGAACCACCUUCUCUUCUGUCUCUACUUUGAACAAAGUUGUUCGAAAUUCGUUGUUCAAUGAGACACAUGUUUACACGGAAGGAGCAGCAAGAUUUAUUUACGGUCAUGGCAAAAACGAGCUAUAAGUCUGACAAAAAGAAGAAGCACAGAAGAAAGAACCCAAAGAGAAGUUGUUAAGACGAAGGGAUGAAGAAAAAACAACCAAGUGAAAUAUAUUAUAUGUGAUGCCUUUAUAUAUUAAGGAAAUGUUUUCAUUUUUCUUUAUUUGGGAUACAUGGUUCUCUUGUUAAGUUGAUCAUGUAGCCUCUUUUUGCCAUUUCUAAACAUCAUGAUAUGACAAAUUCUCCUUGUUUUGUGUUUCUUUGUGUGGGCAUUUCUAAACAUCA